CAUCCUGCCCAUUGCACUCAGGUCCCAGACAGCAUGGGGUCUCGUUUCUUCCUGGCUCUAUUCCUGGCUCUCCUAGUGUUGGGAAACGAGGUCCAGGGGACCGAGGAAGAUGAUCCGGGCAGCUCAGCUCUGCUGGACACGGUACAGGAGCACUUGUUCAGUUACUGGAACUCUGCCAAGGCGGCCGCCGGAGAACUAUACCAGAAGACAUACCUGACCAGCGUGGACGAGAAACUGAGGGACAUGUACAGCAAAAGCUCGGCGGCCAUGACCACGUACGCUGGCAUUUUUACAGACCAGCUCCUUACUCUCCUGAAAGGAGAGUAGUUACUACAUAAACUCCGAGUUAGGGGAAAGGAAAACCGGACACCCGGCCCUUUUGCUCUCAUCACCUGACCAGGAUGGUCCUACAUCUCCCUGUCCCAGCAUCUCCCAUCUUCCUGCGUCCAACUCUAGACCAAAUUCUUUCAAUGAAAGAAUAAAUGAGUCCAGUUUCCUUGG